AUGCAGAGAGCUUCGUCGGAGCGGGAGCUCCUUCGCUACGACGCGGAGGAUGACGAGGAGGAUGUCCUACCCUUCGACGGACUGGAGAAGACCGCCGCGCUGCAGCAGUGUCGCGUGUUCAACGACGUGCGCCUUGACAUUUCCGCCUGCCUGCGCUCCAUGACGCAGUGCCUGUACCUCGUGUACACCGGCGCGAGCCUCACCGAGGCGGAGGCGACGGACCUCUUCUUCAUGUCCACAAAACUCCUGCAGUCCACCCACCCGAAACUGCGCCGACUGCACUACGUCUUGAUGAAGGAGCUGAGCCCGCUCGUGGAGCAGCGCUUCAUCGCCUCCAACUCGCUCAUGGUUGACAUCAAGAGCAACAACGACGCCAGCAAGUGCAACGGCAUUCGCACCCUCUUCAAGGUGAUGAACAGCUCCCUCUACGCCUCGAUGGACCGCACCAUUGUGGAGGCGCUGACGUCGCAGAGCAGCAACGUUGUCUGCGCCGCCAUCGUGACGGGGCUGCACAUCGCCCAGGUGAAUCCAGACAUGGCACGGAAGUGGGGCACGCAACUCACCGAGGUGAUUCGCAGCUGUGGAAAGGCGCAGUACGCCGCCAUUGCGCUGCUGCACAAGAUGCGGAAAAAUGACCGUCUCUCCGUCACGCGCCUCAUUGAGCAGGCCAAGAGCGGCGUAAUACGUUCGCCGAUGGCGUUGUGCCUACUGAUUAAGAUCUGCACCGAGCUCAUGCGGGAUGACUUUGAGGGCUCGCUUGACAUCUACAAGUUUGUGACCUCGAUGAUGCAGCACAGCAACGACCUGGUGGUGUUCGAGUCGGUGAAGUCCAUCUGCUCGCUGCGCAACAUCACGGCGAAGGAGGUCUCCCCCGCGGUGAUGGUGGUGCACCUGUACCUCACCGCCCAGAGCGCCGUGCUGCGCUUUGCCGCGAUUCGGGUGCUGAACGAGGUGGCCACGCUGCACCCCGCGGCGGUGGCGCCCAUCAACGCGGAGAUCGAGAACCUCGUCACGGACCCCAACCGCAUCAUCGCCACCCUCGCCAUCACGACGCUGCUGAAGACGGGCACGGAGCUGACCAUCGAGCGGCUCAUCACGCAGCUCUCGGCGGCGGGCUACCUGCGGGAGCUGGGCGACGAGUUCAAGAUGGUCAUCAUCGACGCCAUGCGGGUGCUGAGCGCCAAGUUCCCCGCGAAGUACGACGUCUUUCUCGGGUUUCUCUCCAAAGUCCUCACCGAGGAGGGCGGCAGCGAGCUGAAGGAGAACGUGGUGGACGUCACGAUUGAGAUCGCCAGGUCCAACCCGGACUCGAAGGCGUCGGUGCUGAAGCACCUCGCGGAGUUCAUUGACGACUGCAACUACCCCAAGAUCGUGCGCCGGGUGCUGAUGUACCUCGGCGAGGAGGUGCCGCUGACGGAGAACCCGGAGACGUUCGUGCGCUACGUCUACAACCAUGCGACGCUGGAGGGGCCGGAGAUUCGCGCGGUGGCUGUCAGCACGUUGGCGAAGUUGGCCGCCUGCGUCCCCUCGCUGCGGCGCUCCAUCGUCGUGCUGCUGAAGCGCACCUGCAACGACGCGGACGACGAGGUGCGGGACCGGGCGGUGUUCUACACACGUCUCUUUUUGCACAACGAUGAGAACAUCAUUCGCGCGAUGGUGUGCGACGUCGCCAAGGCGGUGGCGAUGGGGCGCCAGGCACGCAUCGCCGCACGCACUGCCGUGCUGAACACCGCGACGGAGGACCUUAGCCGACAGAAGACGAUUGCCCAGGCGGCUGAGAGCGGCACGGAGGCGCCCGCGCUGCUUAGCCUCGCCGUGCUGCAGGGCCGAGAGAAGAUGCAGAAAAUCAAACAGCUGCUGGAGCUUGGCGAGCCGUGCGUCAGCAGCGAGCCGGUGCCCUUGACAGACCCCGACAGCGAGUACGUCGUGACGGUGAUGAAGCACACCUACAUCGCGCACAUAGUUCUGCAGUUCAAGGUGAAGAACACGAUGGAGAAGGUCACCUUCAAGAACAUCGCCAUCGACGUGGACGCGGACGAGGUGGAGGUGGAGCCGCAGUACGCCAUCCCCAUCGCGACGGUGGUGCCCGGCGCCACCGAGUACGGCUACGCGGUGCUGCGCUACGAGGAGGAGCAGUUUCCGAGUGGGACGGUGGAGUGCCGCUUUAAGUUCGCCAUGCAGGAGGAGGGCGGCGGCGACGUCGAGGAGGAGGAGGAGUACCCUCUGGAGGGCUUCGACAUCAACGUUAGCGACUUCAUCGCCCCCGUGGACCUCGGCGGCGCCUUCGCAACGCAGUGGGAGCGGCUGCAGGAGGAAGAGACGACGGGAACCUACUCGCUGAGUUCAAUGCGCAACUUGACGGUGGCGGCGCGGGAGCUGGUAGAGUUCUUCGGCAUGCACGUCGAAGGAGGCAAGCCGGACAAAAUCACGACGGCGUCCCACACGCUGCAGAUGUCCGGCACACUGGCCAACCGCGCCCGCUCGCUCGUGCUCAUCGCCGCAAGAGUCUUCAUCGCAGACGACAAGGGCGUGGCGCUGCAGUUAACGCUGCGGGGGGCAACGCCGGAGCUACGCGACUACCUCUCCGCCGCGCUGCUCUCGUAG